UUGCUAUUCAUUUGGUUCCGCCAUUUAUGUAAAAGUGCUUACUUAGAGGUGAGUUAUGUGACUGAUUUUAGAGCCUUAAAUUACGCUGGAAUUGGAGCGACCAUCGGGCAUGAAAUAACACAUGGAUUUGACGAUAGAGGACGACAGUUUGACGCCACUGGUAAUCUUCGUGAGUGGUGGGAUGAGGAAGUGAAGAAGAAGUUUGAAGAGAGAGCUCAAUGCAUGAUCAAGCAAUAUGCAAAAAUUGAGUUCCAACAAAAACUGCAAAUUAAGGUGCCCGGAACCGGUCUCAAUAUAAACGGAAAGCUUACCUUGGGAGAGAAUAUCGCCGAUAACGGUGGUGUGAAAUCAGCUUACAGGGCCUACAGAGCUUAUUUGCGAAGGCGUGGAGGUGAAGAGAAGAGAGUCAAAGGGCUGGAGCAUUAUAGCAACGAACAGAUGUUCUUUUUAGGAUAUGCGAUGAGCUGGUGUGGUCAUGCAACGUCGGACAAACUAAUCAAUUUUAUCCUCACGAAUGUUCAUGCUCCAGAGCGCUAUCGGUUCGUUAGAUUGGCUAAAUUAUUUCAAACUUUUAAGCCACUGUUUAGGGUAAACCAAGUGCUGGCCAAUCAGCCUGAAUUCGCUGCUGCCUUCAAAUGCAAGGUAGGCAGCGCUAUGAAUCCCAUUGAACGCUGCGCCGUCUGGUAAAU